CUGGGCGUCUCUGUUGAGUCUGCUGCCCCCGCGACCCGGUCCCGGAUAAAGCGGAAGACGACGAGUACGAGUACAAAUUAUGAAGUUAGAGCUUUAGUCUUGCACCCUAAAGUGUUUUCUUCUGUAUUGUUGAGUUCAACCCCCAUAGAGAAACCCACCCACAGUUAGGCCAAUUGAGUGCCAGAUGUUAGCAUUUAAACCAUGUUUAUAAAAUCGGGCCAACAUGAAGCCUGAAAAUAAUUCUGCCUACAACCCGUAUUUUGCCUCAUGUUGUACCCAGGUGAUACCCACUAAUCCUAACCCGUUUGUGUCCCUAAAUAAACGUGUCCCGUUUAAAAAGCCAAAAUCCAUCAAAAACAAUUUAUGCCAGCAAUGUUUUUACAGUGAAACGGUUUUAAAAGGAUGACUGCGCUGCUGCUCACAUGUGGAUAAAAAUAUAAAACAACAGCAGGUUUUCUGUUAAAGAAGCUGUUGACCCACACUUUGCUCAUUUUGUGAAUCCUUAUUUUGUCUUUGAAGAAGCAACACUUGAAACUAACAGUUCUGGGGCCUUACAUCAGCCUCUGCAGCACCUACAGGGUAUUUGUUUUUCACAAAGGAAGUAAAAAGAUCAGAAUGUUUUUUCAGUCAGUCGGUGGUCGGACAGGAUGCUGGUUACACCGUUCUGCCUGAUGCUGACCUGUCUUCAGGUCAGUCCUGACCGGUCCCAGUUCUUCCGCUACGACUCCAUCACCCUGAGCUGUGAAGAUCCAUUGAACUCCACUGGCUGGAAGGUGAAGAGGAGAACUUCAGACAGCGGGGUCCGGCCCUGCUCCUCAGGCUGGGGCUUUGCCUCCUCGGGCUCCAUCUGCAUCAUCGGAAACACCUACCCAACGGACACAGGGGUGUACUGGUGUGAGUCAGAUGGAGGGAACCAAAGUAAUGAGGUCAACAUCACCAUUACUGACCGCACAGUGAUUCUAGAGAGUCCUGCUAUGCCGGUGUCCGAAGGAGCUGCCGUGGUUCUCUACUGUAAAGCUGAGACAAAUGCUUCCAAGCACAAAUAUAACUUCUUUAAAGAUGGCCGCCUCGUCAGGAGCAACUGCUCAGGAGAGAUGACCAUUGUCAGUGCUUCCAGAUCCGACGAAGGACUCUACACCUGCAGCGCCUCGGGGCUUGGAGAGUCAGAGGGCAGCUGGCUGACGGUUUUAGGGGACGGAAACAAUAAAAACAUUCAGCUAACACCGUCUUCAGGUCCGGCCACAGCCUCAUUUUCAUUUCCUGAAUCCAGACUCUUAUGUCACCUGAUUGUGGGAAUUCCUUACCUGUUCUCCACCAUCUUACUUGGACUCAUAUACAGGGACAGGAAGAGAGGUAAAGCUGCUCAGAUAGCUGCAGACAAGAGGAAAAAUCUUGAUGUUAACAUGGAAAGGAUUGUGUGAGUCAUCUGCAGUAGCUGUUUACCUCAGAGAAGGUCGUCCGUCCACAGCCACGUGAACUCAGAGAAAUGCUUCCACAGACCAGAAAAAUUCAGGACUUAUUUGUUUACUGUGACCAAAUUUCAACACGAGAGGAAGAUUCCUUCUCAUAGAGUUUUGUUUUAGAGUGAAGUGCAUUUUAGCUACAUAAAGCCAUGUUUUCACUGUGAAGAGGAAGUGAAUAGAUGUGUAUGUGUUUUAACACACAGGUUUGUGGUUUUGGUUACAAAGUUGCUGUCAUCAGCUUCUUGUCCAGGUCCUUGCUCAGGGUUCGGGUUUUUUUUCUCUAUGGACUUUUCUAUUAGCUUGAGCCGUAUGUGUGUGGGUGUUUCUUGAAGCAAACCAUUUUCUUGUUUGUUUUUUUUAAUCUUCCUGUACAUUCACGUUUUUUAUAUAAAAAGUAUAUUUUAAUAAUGAAACAUAAAUCUUAUUGUCAUUAAUGUACUGAUUCUGCCAUUUACACCUCUGUAGGUCAGCUGUGGUUAGUUUAUUGGAAACAAUGUGCGUGUUGUUUCUCAGAAAACAGGAUACUGUGCCAACUUGUAUGACCACAUCUAACUCAGAAAUUGGAAUAAAAACAAUCAAAGCUAAACGUAGGACACACCUGUAGUUUCACUCACAACAAAGAGAAUGAGGCUUGUUUUUGGGCUGCCCAGUUUAUUUUAAUAUAAAAAUGGUUUGAAUAACCUAAAUAGACCACUAUUGUAAAUAGUGUAUAAUAAAAUCACUCUCCUCUGUCACACCAACACUCUGAACAUCCUUGUUAAAAACCUCUAUGAACUUCCUCUGUGGUUCCUCUUCUUUUCAUCAUUUCCUACAGGCUCGGUCCAACAUAUCCACUGUUCUGUCCAUUUUGAUAACUCAAUGAAAAUCUGAAAACCUUCA